CCAUCAUCAUUAGCAGCAACGAAGCAGACCACGGGGGACGCACGCACGUACGCACGCGGAGUAGCGAUCGUACGCGCGUGUACGCGGUGUGUGUACGCGAAAGAGUGCGCUGAAAAAAUAACUAUUUUUUUAAGACCCGUCCGAGUCCGGUAACCUCCGGCGGAUCAUCGGAUCAGAAUCGAAACGCGCAGUGAUUUGUUGCGGCGUGUGCAACUCCUCGUGUCCCGAUCUCUCUCUCAUUCUCUCUCUCUCUCUCUCUCUCUCUCUCUCACACUCUCACACUUCUCUUUCUUUCCCACCCUCCCUCGCGAGAGAAUCGUAUUAUCCGUUUAGCCUAGCGGGCCGGCAGUGUGUUGUGCGCCGAAACAACUGAUUAAUAUGGCGAACAGCAUAGCACCAGACUCGUGGGAACAGCAGGCGGACACGAACGGCGACAUCGUCGGCCCGCCUACGUCGCAGGACAAGUCCAUCGAGAGCAAGUUCUCCACCCUGAAUGUCAACGCCGCGGAAUUCGUGCCUUCUUUCUGCAUCAACUCGUCGCCGCAGAGCAACGUCACCGCGACCACGACGGCCGACAGCAGUCCCUGCAAUGUCGCCGCCACCGCCUCCUCCGCCGUGUCCGCCACCGCCUCCGCCGCCGUAAUGAAUACUGUAACCACCACCUCCGUGCCCGUCGAGAUACAUCAUGGAAAUUCUACUCCCGUUGUUCUGGCAGAUCCAAUUGGCAGUCGAGUUGAGGAACCUCCUGCUGGAGGAGGGGCUCCACCGCCGAACGUCAAUGACCAACUAAAUACCAGCCCGGAACAUCAACCUGCAGAUUCCUGGGAAGAAGCAGCAGUUGAUGGAGAUCCUCUACUUACUCCAGAAAAUGAAGAAGCUGAUAACGACGAGGACGAAGAACUGGUUGUUAAAGUACCCAAAAAGAAACCUGUCAAAGUUGCAGAAGAUACUAAAAGCAAAAAGGAACAUGUUAAUGUUGUUUUCAUAGGUCAUGUGGAUGCUGGGAAAUCAACUAUUGGAGGUCAGAUCAUGGCGCUUACGGGGAUGGUGGACAAACGUACCUUAGAGAAAUACGAGCGGGAAGCGAAAGAAAGAAGUCGAGAAACAUGGUACUUAAGUUGGGCGCUGGACACAAAUCAAGAAGAGAGAGAAAAGGGCAAAACUGUGGAAGUAGGCAGAGCCUACUUUGAGACAGAACGAAAGCACUUUACAAUAUUAGACGCACCCGGCCAUAAAAGCUUUGUACCGAAUAUGAUUGGUGGCGCGGCGCAAGCCGAUUUAGCAGUCCUUGUUAUUUCCGCGAGGAAAGGCGAAUUUGAGACGGGCUUUGACAGAGGGGGUCAAACGAGAGAGCACGCUAUGCUUGCUAAAACCGCGGGUGUCAAGCAUUUGGUUGUAUUAGUAAAUAAGAUGGACGAUCCUACUGUUGAGUGGGACGAGGGUCGAUACAAUGAAUGCAGGGAUAAGAUACUGCCAUAUCUCCGUAAACUAGGAUUCAAUCCUGCGAAAGAUCUUACGUUCAUGCCAGUUUCUGGUCAGCUCGGUAUCGGCUUAAAGGAUCCAAUACCCGAACAUCUCUGUAAUUGGUAUAGUGGCCCACCAUUUAUACCUUUCAUCGAUUCGCUACCCUCGCUUAAUCGUAAAAGCAAUGGACCUUUUAUUAUGCCGAUCGUCGACAAAUAUAAGGAUAUGGGGACAGUAGUUAUGGGCAAGGUUGAAGCGGGAGAAGCUAAAAAGGGACAGUCAUUGCUCGUCAUGCCAAAUAGGACGGCAGUAACGGUGGACCAACUGUGGUCGGACGACGAAGAAGUAACGUCUGUCGGACCUGGGGAAAAUGUCAAGAUCAAACUAAAAGGUAUCGAAGAGGAAGACGUUAGUCCUGGAUUUGUCUUAUGCGACAGCAAUAAUCCUAUCAAGACCGGCAAAGUCUUCGACGCGCAGGUAGUAAUUCUCGAACACAAGAGCAUUAUUUGUGCGGGAUAUAGUGCGGUCAUGCAUAUUCAUUGCGCCGCUGAGGAAGUCACGGUAAAGGCGCUGAUCUGUCUGGUGGAUAAGAAAACGGGCGAUAAAAGCAAAACGAGGCCGAGGUUUGUCAAGCAAGAUCAGGUGGCUAUAAUGAGAAUCGAGUGCGCAGGAGUUAUAUGUCUCGAAAGAUUCAAGUUAUUCCAACAAAUGGGCCGCUUUACUCUUAGGGAUGAAAAUAAAACUAUCGCAAUUGGCAAGGUGCUGAAAGUCGUCGAGUAAAAGAAAAAAAACUUGCUUAAGUGUUAUGACAGAUUAAUAAUAAAGAAAAAAAAAGAUCAUUAUUUCAAUGUGACAAAUAUGUGACGAUGCAAGGCGAGCACACGAGAUAUUAAGCAAACCGAACGGGCAUGAUGAAAUCCGGGCGAAUUAGUAAUAAUGUAACAUAUUACACACAACUCACACACUAUGUACCGCAGAGCUAUACAAACAA